CAUAAGAAAUCAUUUCUUAAACAUUCUCUAUCAACGGCGCGAGUCCCCGAGCCAUUUUGCGUGAGCUUGAUUCACUUUAUUUACGCCUCUGUUUGUUUCCCGGGAAACGGCUCUGGUUUCCCCCGAGAAAAAGGAAAAGAUCAAAGCUGCAUUCGAGGCUCAUCCUUUGGAUAUUGACAUUUAAAGCACGUUAUCUGCUAUCUUGAGAAGUUGCUGGUGAAGGUUCUGCUGAUAAAUUGAGAACUAUCGGUAAAAAUGUCUUCCUCAAGCAAAGCCGAUAGGAAGGCAGCUAUUGAUGCGGCCUCAUGGAUGUUCAAUGUCGUCACCUCUGUUGGAAUUAUUAUUGUUAAUAAAUCCUUGAUGGCUACAUACGGUUUCACUUUUGCUACAACAUUAACUGGGCUCCACUUUGCCACCACAACCUUGUUGACUUCCUUGCUUAGGUGGCUGGGAUAUAUACAGGCUUCUCAUCUACCUUUUUCAGAGCUACUAAAAUUCGUUCUCUUUGCAAACUUCUCUAUUGUUGGAAUGAACGUGAGCUUGAUGUGGAACUCUGUGGGGUUUUAUCAGAUUGCAAAGCUGAGUAUGAUACCGGUAUCUUGUCUUCUGGAAGUCCUAUUGGACAAGGUGCGAUACUCAAGGGACACAAAGCUCAGCAUAGCAUUAGUUCUCCUUGGUGUUGCAGUGUGUACUGUUACAGAUGUAAGUGUCAAUUUCAAAGGUUUCAUGGCUGCUGCAGUGGCGGUUUGGAGUACUUCCCUGCAGCAAUAUUAUGUGCAUUUUCUUCAACGGAAGUAUUCUUUAGGAUCCUUCAAUUUAUUGGGGCACACUGCUCCUGCGCAAGCUGCAUCUCUUCUGCUAGUAGGUCCCUUUCUGGACUACUGGUUAACUAAUCAAAGAGUCUAUGCAUAUGGCUAUAGUUUUACAUCAGUGUUAUUCAUAAUCCUAUCUUGUUCCAUUGCGGUGGGAACAAAUCUUAGCCAGUUCAUAUGCAUUGGAAGGUUUACAGCUGUGUCAUUCCAAGUGCUUGGCCACAUGAAGACUAUUCUUGUCCUGAUCUUGGGAUUCAUAUUCUUUGGGAAAGAGGGUCUCAAUUUGCAUGUAGUUUUAGGUAUGAUUAUUGCGGUAGCAGGAAUGAUUUGGUAUGGUAAUGCUUCAUCCAAACCAGGAGGGAAGGAACGCCGUAGUCUUUCGAUUUCUAACAGUAAGUCACAAAAACAUGCUGGAUUAUCAGAAUCCAGUGAUGCAGAUGAGAAGGUAUAGAAUCCAGUGAAAGAUUGGAAGAGAAAUGACACGGAUAUCAACCAAUCACUCAGAUAUGCUUUUCCGGAAAUUACUCUAAACUUAGGUCAGAAUUCUUGAUUAUCAUAAUUUUUUUUUUCUUUUACAGAAAGUUAGUUUUGCUUUGAGGGUACAGGAUACUAUUGGGCUUUGGGGUGCAAGAUCCCUUAAAGUUGCAUUAUUUCAAGGUGAUCAUUUCCUAUAGUAAUCUAUUUGCUUAUUCAA